GAGGAGGGGUGAGUACCAUGGAGACAGGUGAGAGCAGCAGGUGCCAGUUUCUGGAGUUGCCCUGGGAGGAUGUUUUGGUUCCCCACGUCCUCUGCCACCUGCCCCUGUGCCAACUAGUCUGCCUGCAGCGUGUCAGCAAACAGUUUCACACUCUAAUUCAGGUCUACCUGGCAAACUGUCACAGUCUGGACACCUCCCAGUGCGGGGCUGCCAUUCCUCAACAUGCAUUCUGCCGAAUACUGAAAGAUAACACAGUGCUGCACCACUUGAUUGUUCACAGCUGCUCUGAUUGGCUAACAGACCUCGAGCUCUUGCCAGUGAUUGGUCAGAAUCAUCAUUUGGAGAAGGUUGAUGUGACGGGAUGCCGUGGCUUGAGCAGGCGGACACUAGUGGCCUUGUCGCUAAGUUGCCCCAACUUGCAGUAUCUUUCUCUCAGGCAGUGCGACUGGGUGGAUCCCCUCUCCCUGCGAAGUCUGGCUGAUCGUUGUAGCCGACUUGUGUCGAUUGAUCUUACUGCUUGUAAGCAACUGAAUGAUGAAGCAGUCUGCUACCUGGUGCGUAAGUGUCCAAAGAUCAAGUCACUGUCCCUGGCAGUCAACGCAAACCUUAGUGAUAGUUCUGUGCAAGAAGUGGCCAAACUAUGCACUGAGCUCGAACACCUGGAUUUGACUGGCUGUCUCCGCCUCAGGAAUGAAUGUAUAAGGACUGUUGCAGAGUAUUGCACGAAACUCAACUCGCUGAAAGUGAAGCACUGUCAUAACAUCACUGAAGGAAGCUUAGAAGUUUUGCGUAAGAAGGGAGUAGACAUUGACGUACAGCCUCCCUUCCAACGGGCACUGGUACUUCUGCAGGAUGUUGUGGGCUUUGCACCAUAUCUCAACCUCCAGAUUUGAACAGAAAUAUUGUGGAAAACCAGUUAUCCAUAGCCCUGACACAAUUGCACUCCAUUUUUGUGGUAAUGUAAACUUAGAUUAAAAUAGGUUGUAUAAUAUUCCAUGAGGGUCUUGCUGCUCCUUUGUCAAACUUCCAGCACUUCCAAUUUUGUUCCUCAGAUGAAAUGAGUUGAGACCUGUAAUAUUGUGCAUGAAAACAGAUUUUAUUCUGGCUUGCCACUGCAUUGAAUCACCACUCCUAAUUCAUUGUUAUUAUUUUUUUGAUUGUGUGAAGUGAGGAGAGUGGCCAUGUUACACUGCUCGUAUUUGCUGCACCAGAGGUGGUUCACUUGAGCAGAGCUCUUCAAGUGUUGAUGUUGGCAGUGAAUUGCCAAUGGCACAGGGAAGCAGUAAAUGGAAACCCCAUCAACCAAUGAGAAAAAUUGAGGGGAGAUAACAUUGUUAAAUGAUAAAGGUUAUCAAAUGAUAUCUUGAUGAUAUCAAGGUUUGGAAUUGAGCUGAAACUCCACUCAUCACCAGAGAGUAAUAUGGUGUAUUUCCAUAAUUUAAAGUUCUUUUUAGCUUGAAUACAUUCAAAAUUUGCAUCACCAGCAGCUUUCCUUAACUUUCCUUAUUUUGUAUGACUACAACUCUUAUUGAAGUCUGCAAUUGCUGAUGCUUUGUAGUAUCCUGGCAAAGUUGCUUUGUACCUUAUUGCACAUGGCCUCUCUGUGUUGGCCCUAAAAUAACAGCUGACAAGUUCCAACCAGCUCUUCAUAUAAUCUUAGUGUAUGUAUCUGUCAUUUGGAAUAGAUAAAGGAGGAUUAAUUUUGGACUAAUUCCCCACAGUACUGCAGUUUCUUGUAGUUGAUAUAUCCAAAUUCAUUUUGUGAAUUAUUGAAAUGGCUUUCAAUACUCUUUCACAUUAAACAAAUCUAGUUCAUAAUUUCCUUUAGGCUUCUUUUAAUCUCUGUUGGUUCUUUUUAAUCUUGUAGUUCUGGAUACCAAUAAUCCUGCUGGUGGAAAAUGUUUCUUGUAACUUUGAACACCUCUAUUAAAUUUCCUUUUAUCCUAUGUCUGAGGAGAAAAUUCAAACAUCUCAAUAAAAAAUUGCUGGAAAUGUGAAAUCUUAACAUUUCAUCCUCUUUAUCCCUGCUGUUCCUUAUAUUUGUCUGGUAAAUUCCUGUGCUGUCUCUAGCAGUACUUGUAUAGCUGGCCUAUAUAGCUAUUUUCAAUCUUUACCUAACAAAGUUAUUACAUUGCCACUUCAGGACUGAAAUGCAGAAGCCAGCUUUUCUAAUGAUCUUUUGAUGGCCCCUUGAUUCAAAAUUAGCCAUAUUCCAGCACCUAUGGCUGAAAUUAUUUUAAGGGGUGAUGUACAGUGCAUUUCAAUAAACUGUUAAACUGAAUCAAUUGGAUGUUAAUAAUUCACUAGCAGUAUUCAAGAGAGUAACUUAUUCUCUUAACAAGCACAUUAAUUUGUCAGUACUUGAUGUGCAAAAAUCACCUGCUUUUUGACCACAUGGCAGUAAGAACAAAACAUUUAUAUGAUCCCUCAACCUUGUUCCACCAUUGUGCAGAGCUGAUCCUCAGUCUCAUUUAUUUUCCCUUCUAAUCUGCAUAUCUCUUAAUUAUUUUGACUCCUUGGGUAUACUGAUCUCAGUCUUGGAUAAGUUUAGUGCCUGAGCAAGUGGAGUGCUCUCCAGCAGUGAAUUCCAAAGGUUCAUAAUCCCUAGUGAAGAAAUUUCUAAGUGUCUCAGUCUAGAUGGCUGACUAGUUACUGAGUCAAUGAUCCCAGGUUCUAAAUACCCUAGCUAGAGGAAACGCCUCAGGGUCUAGUGUUAAAUCCUCUGUGUUUCAUUAAGAAUUUUUCAGAUUUGACUGUGGCUUCACAAUGCUUAAUAUUUCCUCGUAAGACAAUUUGCUCAACCCUGGACUGAAAUAAUUAAACAAUUUCUCAGGCAAGUUUGUCCUUGUGCUCUUGGUGUUAAAACUACACAAUCUUACUAAAAGCUUAGUUGCUUUAAAAUGUUGUUACUCAUGUAACCUAAAUCCCAUACAAUAAAGAUUAAUGUGCCAUUUUUUCUUCCAAAUUGCUUGCUGCAGCUCUUGUGUGUUAGUUACACAUUUUGUACAUUUAUACUCAGGUUUAGUAUCACUGGCAUAUGUCAUAAAAUUUGUUUUGUGGCAGCAGUACAUUGCAAUAUAUAUAUUAUAACUUACAAUAAAAAUGUAUAUAAAAAAAUAAAUAAGUGCAGAACAAGAGCAGAAAAAAAAAGUGAGGCAGUGUACAUGGGUUUGUUGUCCAUUCAGAAAUCUAGUGGUAGAAGGAAAGAAGCUGUUCCUGAAAUGUGGAAUGUGUGCCUUCAGGCUUCUCCUUGAUGUUUGCAAUGAGAAGAGGGCAUGACCUAAGUGAUGGGGAUCCUUGAUGAUAGAUGCUGCCUUUUUGAGGCAUUGCAUUUUGAAGAUGUCCUGCAUGCUGGGGAGGCUAGAGCCCAUGAAUGAGACUUUAGCUUUUUGCAGUUUUUUCUGAUCCUGUGCAGUGGCCCCUCCAUAGCAGACAAUGAUGCAACCAGUUAGAAUGCUCUCUGUGGUAUAUCUGUAGAAAUCUGUGAGUCUUUGGUGACAUACCCAUUCUGUUUAAACUCUUAAUGUAAUUUAGCCACUGUUGUGUCUCUUUUGUAAUUGCAUCAAUAUAUUGGGGCCAGGAUAGGUUCUCAGAUGUUGACACUCAGGAACUUCAGACUGCUCACCCUUUCCACUGCUGAUCCCUCAACUUCCCCUUCCUGAAAUCCACAAUCACUUCCUUAAUCUUACUGCUGUUUAGUGCAAGGUUGUUGUUGCAGCUCCACUCAACCUGGUGACCUAUCUCACUCCUGUACGCCUUCUCGUCACCAUCUGAAAUGCUGCCAACAAUAGUUGUGUCAUCAGCAAAUUUUUAGAAGGCAUUUGAGCUGCGUCUAGACACACAAUUGUGGGUGUAGAGUAGAGCAGUGGGCUAAGCACAUAUCCUUGAGGUGCACCAGUGUUGAUUGUCAGCAAGAAGGAGGUGUUAUUUCUGAUCCGCACAGAUUGUGGACUUCCAAUGAGGAAGUCAUGGAUCCAGUUGCAAAGGGAAGUACAGAGGCCCAGGUUUUGCAGUUUGUUAAUUAGAACUGAGGAUAUGAUUGUGUUGAAUGCUGAGCUGUGAUCAAUAAACAACAGCCUCACAUAGGUAUUGUUAUUGUCUCUGUGAUCUAAGGCCGAGUGAGAGCCAGUGAGACUGCAUCUGCUGCAGACCUAUUGUGGUGACAGGCAAAUUGCAGCAGGUCCAAGAUAUUUCCUUGGGCAGGAGUUGAUUCUGGCCAUAACCAACUUCUCAAAGCACUUCAUCACAGUUGAUGUGAGUGCAGCUAGGUGAUAGUCAUUGAGGCAGUUCACCUUGCUCUUCCUGGGCACUGGUAUGAUCGUUGCCCUUUUGAAGUUGAUGGGAAGCUCUGGCUGCAGCAGGGAGAGAUUGAAGAUUAUCUCCCUUGAUCAUACCUCCUUAGUUCAAGGAGUAUUUACUGAGGGUUCUGGAUAGGUUUGUCCCGUUGAGGCAGGGAAAGGAUGGCAGGGUGAAGGAACCAUGGUUGAUGAGAUGUGGAACACCUAGUCAAGAGGACGAAGGAAGAUUUCUUCAGGUUUAGGAAGCAAGGGUCAGACAGGGCUCAAGGGAAUUGCAGGGUAGCCAGGAAGGAGCUCAAGAAUGGACAGAGCUAGAAAGGAGCAUGAGAAGGCCACUAAGGAAAAGAACAAAGCAUUCUACACAUAGGUGAAGAAGGAUGGGCAGAAUGAUGGUAGUAGAGGAAACGUGCCUGGAGGAUGUAGGUGAGGUCCUUAAUUAACUUCAGUAUUCACUUUACUUUACUUCAGUAUUCACCAGUGAAAGGGACCUUGACAAUUAUGAGGUCAUGGUAAAACGGGCUUAUAUGGUUGAACAUGUUGAUGUUAAGAAAGAAUGUGCUAGAACUUUUGAAAAACAUUAAGCUAGAUAAGUCCCCAGGGCUAGGUGGUGUAUACCGCAGGUUACUGUGGGAAGUGAGGGAAGAGAUUGCUGUGCCCUUGGUGGGGUGGUGAUCUUUGUGUUUCACUGACCACAGGAGUAGGGUGGUAACUGUUAUUCCUUUGUUCAAGAAAGGGAGAAGGGAUAACCCUGGAAUUAUGGACCAGUAAGUCUUUCUUCAGUGGUGGGCAAAUUAUCGGAGGAUUCUUAAAAGCAGGAUUUACGACUAUUUGGAGAAGCGUAGUCUGUUUAGGGAUAAUCAGCAUGGCUUUGUAAGGGGCAGGUCAUGCAUCACAAGCUUGAUUGAAUUCUUCGAGGAUGUGACAAAGCACACUCAUGAAGGUACAGCAAUGGAUAUGGCAUAUAUGGAUUUUAGUAAGGUGUUUGAUAAGGUUCCCUGUGGUAGGCUCAUUCAGGAAGUCAGGAAGCAUGGAAUCCAGAGAAACUUGACUGUGUAGAUAUAGUAUCUGGCUUGCCCAUAGAAGACAGAUGGAGAUUACUCAGCCUGGAGGUCAGUGACAGUGGUGUUCUGCAGGAAUCUGUUCUGGGAUCCCUGCACUUUGAGAUCUUUAUAACUUACUUAGAUGAGGAAGCAAGCUAGGGUUUAUCUCUUCAGGAUGAUGAGUGACUUGAAUUGAAUUGACUUUAUUUCUUACAUCCUUCACAUACAUGAGGAGUAAAAAUCUUUGUUACGUUUCUGACUAAAUGUUCAAUCAUAGUAAUUUAUAAUAGAACAGUCAAUGUAACAGCGAAAUACACUCAAAUCAGCAUGAGUUAAUUAGUCUGAUGCCCUGGUGGAAGAAGCCUGUUGAUCCUGGCUUUUAUGCUGCAAUACUUUUUUGACCAUAAGACAUAGGAGCAGAAUUAGGCCAUCUGGCCCAUCGAGUCUGCUCCGCCAUUCAAUUAUGGCUGAUCCUUUUCUGUAUCUCCUCCUCAACCCCAGUUCCUGGCUUUCUCCCUGUAACCUUUGAUGCCAUGUCCAAUCAAGAACCUAUCAAUCUCUGCCUUAAAUACACCUAACAACCUGCCCUACACAGCUGCAUUUGGCAAUGAAUUCUGCAAAUUCACCACCCUUUGGCUAAAGAAAUUUCCCUGCAUCUCUGUUUUGAAAGGGUGUCCCUCUAUCCUGAGGCUGUGCCCUCUUGUCCUAGACUCUCCCACCAUGGGAAACAUCCUUUCCAUAUCUACUCUGUCUAGGUCUUUCAACAUUCAAAAGGUUUCAAUGAGAUCCUCCCCUCAUCCUUCUGAAUUCCAGCAAGUACAGACCCAGAGCCAUCAAAUGUUCCUCAUAUGAUAACCCUUUCAUUCCAGGAAUCAUCCUUGUGAAUCUCCUCUGGACCCCCUCCAAUCUUUUCUAAGAUGAGGGGCCCAAAACUGUUCACAAUACCUCAAGGUGAGGCCUCACCAGUGCAUCACAUCCUUGCUCUUGUAUUCUAGACCUCUUGAAAUGAAUACUAACAAAGCAUUUGCCUUCCUCACCACCGACUCAACCUGCAAAUUAACCUUCAGGGUGUUCUGCACAAGGUCUCCCAAGUCCCUCUGCAUCUCAGGUUCCCGGAUUUUCUCCCCAUUUAAAAAAUAGUCCACAUAUUUACCUCUACUACCAAAGUGCAUGACUAUGCAUUUUGCCACAUUGUAUUUCAUUUACCACUUUCUUGCCCAUUCUCCUAAUCUGUCUAAGUCCUUCUGUAUCCUACCUGUUUCCUCAACACUACUUGCCCCUCCACCAAUCUUCGUAUCAUCUGCAAAGCUGGCAAGAAAGCCAUCUAUCCCAUCAUCUAAAUCAUUUAUAUACAGCAUAAAAAAGUGGUCCCAACACCGACCCCUGCCGAACACCACAAGUCACUUGGGCCCCUCAUCUUAGAAAAGGAUCCUUUUAUUUCCACUUGCUGCCUCCUACCAAUCAGCUAAUUCUCUAACUAUGUUAGUAACUUUCCUAUAAUACCAUGGGCUCUUAACUUGGUAAGCAGUCUCAUGUGUGGCACCUUGUCAAAGGCCUUCUGAAAGUCCAAAUACACAACAUCCACUGUAUCCCCUUUAUCUAUGCUACUUGUAAUCUCUUCAAAGAAUUCCAACAGGUUUGUCAGGCAGGAUUUUCCCUGAAGGAAACCAUGGUGACUUCGUACUAUGUUGUCCUGUGUCACCAAGUACUCCAUCACCUCAUCCUUAAUAAGUGACUCUAACAUCUUCCCAACCACUGAGGUCAGGCUAACUGAUCUAUAAUUUCCUGUUUCCUGGAUGGUAGCAGCUGGAAUAGACUGGGGUUAGGGUGACUCGGGUCCCCAAUAAUCCUUCAGGCCCUUUUUUUUACCUGUCUUUGUAAAUGUCCUGAAUUUGGGAAAUUCACAACUACCGAUGCACUGGGCACCUCUCUUGGCAGAAUCCGGUGAUUAAGGGAGGUACAGUACCCAUACCAGGCAGUGAUGCAGCCAGUCAGGAUGCUCUCAGUUGUGCCCCUGUAGAAAGCUCUUAGGAUUUGGGGACCCAUACCAAACUUCUUCAACUGUCUAAGGUGAAAGGGAUGCUGUUGUGCCUUUUUCACCACACAGCUGGUGUGUACAGAUCACGUGAGGUCCUCGGUAAUGUGGAUGCUGAGGAACUUAAAGCUAUUUACCCUCUCAACCCCAUCUCCAUUGAUGUCAAUAGGGGUUAGCCUGUCUCCAUUCCUCCUGUAAUCCACAACCAGCUCCUGUUUUUGCAACAUUGAGGGAGAGGUUGUUUUCUUGACACCGCUAUGUCAGAGAGAUCACUUCUUCCCUGUAGGCUACCUCGUUAUUGCUUGAGAUUAGGCCAAUCAAUGUAGUGUCAUUAGCAAAUUUAAUUAGAGCUGUGGUUGGUGACACAGUCAUGGGUAUACAGGGAGUAAAGGAGGUGACUCAGUACACAGCCGUGAGGGGCUCCUGUGUUGUAUAAGAGGUAUACAUAGAGUUGGCAGUCAGAGACUUUUUGCCAGGGCAGAAAUGGUUAAUACACGGGGCAUAAUUUUAAGAUGAAUGGAGCAAAGUACAGGGGGGGUGUCAGAGGCAAGAUCUUUACACAGAAUACUAGGUGGAUGAAACGCACAGCUGGAGGUGGUGGUAGAGGCAGGUACAUUCGGGUCAUUUUUGACACUUAAAUAGGCAAAUAGAUGAUAGAAAAAUGGGGGGUUAUGUAGGAGGGAAGGGUUAGAUUGAUCUUAUGGCCUCUCAGCGUACUCCAAAAUCAAUCUAACCCUUCGCUUCCACAUUACCCUCCAUAUCACGUGCUGUAAUGUUCUAUGGAUAAGUUGAGCAACUGAAAUGAAAAGGCAUUGUAGUUAAUUUUAAGCAUACAUGAUAUAGGAUUGAGUUAUAUCAAAUAACUAAUGGGUAGGCAAGCACAAAAGUGCCGAAUGGAACAAAAACUGGAGAAAUACAAUGCAAUGUAUUCGGGGAGCAUAAAGGUGAGGGGGAUACACAAUGUGGUAGGGUACUAAAUGAAGAGGGGCUAAAUGAAUAAAUGAGAGGCACAUUCUACAAACUGAGAAAUGGGAAAUAUCUAAAUAACCCUUUAGGCAGGUACUGGCACAAUUUCUUAAGUCAAUCUUCCGCAAUUCUAGGAUGUCACUACAGGCAGUGUCAUUCAGCCCAAAUAUUUGCAGCUGUUCAAUUGCUUUUACAUGUCAGAAAACUUGAUGUUUGCCAAUGUUUCAUUGUUUUGCAACCCAUGGGUAAAAGAAACAAGCCAAAAUGUUUAUUCAUGGAUUGAAGUUUGGCAGAUAACUAUUGAAAGUAUCUUAACUGGGAGUAUCAUAAUAACUUAUUUACAGAGCACUUUUCAUAUAGAUAAUAUAGUUCAAAGUGCUUUAUAAUGGGAUAAAGUGCAAACAUGAAAAUAAAAUUAAAAAUAAACAUGAAAAUAAAAGACAAAAAGAUUAAGUAAACAGGUUUUGAGCUGGUGUUUGAAAGUGUCAACUGAGUCUCCAUCCCUUACAGUUUGAGGUAUUGAGUUCCACAGUUUAGGAACAUGGUUCAAAAAAAAAGCUGACAUGCCAAUUGUCUUUUGAGGGAGAUUGCUUAGAUUUAAGAGAUUGGCAAAAAAAGACUCCAGAGCUCGAACAGGAUUAUAAAACGAAAGUGAUUCUAUGAUGUAUUCCAGUCCUAGACAAUUAAAAGCUUUAAAAACAAGAGUAUUUUAAAAUUAAUUCUAAAAGAUACAGGAAGCCAAUGCAGAGUAACUAGGAUGGGAAUGAUACAUUCCCUCAUCUUGGAUUUAGUUACUGAGUUGAAGUUUGUCAAUAGAUCACGGACACAUCCCUCCCCUCCAUUGAAGUUAUCUGCAGGAAGUGCUGCCUGAUGAUGGCAACAUCCAUCAUCAGAGAUGUCCACCAUUCUGGCAGGCCACACACUAUCUUUUCACAGUUAAAUCAUCAGGCAGGAGGUAUAGAAGCCUGAUGUUCCACACCACCAUGGUUGAGAACAACUACUUAAACCAUUCAGUUCUUGAACCAACUGGAAAACCUUAAUCGCUACAAUUUAUCAACACUAUGGCCAUUUUUGCACAGAAAUGAAGUUUGUUAUUUUGUUCUAAUUGUAUUUUUCUUGUAAAAGUGCAUAUAAUUUGUUUGAUUUGUUUAUGAAUGCUGCUUAUAUGAUGCUAUGUGCCUGUGAUGCAGCUGCAAGUAAGUUUUUCAGUGCACUGGUGCAUUUAUGUACUUGUGCAUGUGACAAUAAAUUCAAC